UUGGCUCGUAUCCACUGUCACUCAGCCUUCGUGGGUGGAGCGAGGCCGGGCAGGGGCGUGGCCGAGGGGGCUAGGGAGCCGCGCGUUCUCGCAGGGAAAGAGACAGAGAGAGUCACAGGCUGGGCGUACGCGUGGGCUGGGCGCGCGCAGCCGGCACGCGGGGAAAGUCCUGGGAGGCGCGGCGACCCGUGUGAUCCGUGUCGGGCCAUCCGCGCUACUGCAGGAGCCGAGCGCGGCCCAAAGCCUCCCCAGCAUCUGCGGCUGUUGUCCCCGGAGCACCGAGGAAGCCCCUUGGCGCCUCUCCAGUCCGGGUGGAGUGCGUGAUGGCCCCUCGCAAGAACGCCAAAGGCGGCGGCGGCGGCAACAGCAGCAGCAGCGGCGGCGGCGGCGGCUCCUCCGGCAGCAGCAGCACGGGCAGCAGCGGUGGCAGUAGUAGCUCAGGAGCUCGGAGAGAGACGAAGCAUGGAGGACACAAGAAUGGGAGGAAAGGAGGACUUUCGGGAAGCUCCUUUUUCACAUGGUUUAUGGUCAUUGCAUUGCUGGGAGUGUGGGCAUCUGUGGCUGUCGUGUGGUUUGAUCUUGUUGAUUAUGAGGAAGUCCUAGGAAAACUAGGAGUCUAUGAUGCUGAUGGUGAUGGAGACUUUGAUGUGGAUGAUGCCAAAGUUCUAUUAGGACUUAAAGAAAGAUCUGUUUCUGAGUCAACCUUCCCACCAGAGGAGGCUGAGACACACGAUGAGCCAGAGGAUCAGGCCCCUGUGGGGACAGAACCCCAGAAUAUUGAAGAUGAAAUAAAAGAACAGAUUCAGUCUCUUCUCCAUGAAACGGUACACACAGAUCAUGAUGACCUGCAGCUAGAAGCAGAUGGAGCAGCAGGAGAACCACAACCAGAGUAUGAUGAUGUCCUUACAGCAACUGAUAUAGAUGAUAGGGUGCAGAACCUGGAACCUGGAACAUUUUAUGAAGAAACUGAGGAUAGAUUCUCUGUAGAAGAGACAGUUUCACAAGACCAUCAUCAAGAUAUGGAAGAGAUGAUGUAUAACCAGGAAAUCCCAGUUCCCAGUGAGCCAGCUGCAGAUGAUGACAGACUGUCCCCUACCACAGAUGAUGUUCCAGCAUACCAAGAUGAACCAGGUUUGCAAGUGUUUAAAAUUGAAGAGAUUUUGGAAGAUCUAAUUGAUUGUGACAAGUGCCAGGCACUUAACGAAGGACAAGGUUGCAAGGACACUAGGCUUGUUUCUUUUGUAGCAGAGAAGACAAAGUCUAGAGCCUGUGUUAUAUAUGAACCUUCAGAAAAUGAAAAGAUAGAAAUUUCAGACAAUGUUAUAGAAGAUUCAAAUGUGGUUCAGGAAGAAGUAAGUGCCCUACCUGUGGAAGAAGAUCAACAGGAAGUACCACCAGAGACAAGUAGAAAGACAGAUGAUCCAGAACAAAAAGAAAAAGCUAAAAAAAAGAAGCCUAAACUUUUAAAUAAAUUUGAUAAGACUAUUAAACCUGCACUAGAUGCUGCAGAAAAACUACGUAAAAGGGGAAAAAUCGAGGAAGCAGUGACUGCAUUUGAAGAACUCGUACGCAAAUACCCUCAUAGUCCAAGAGCAAGAUAUGGAAAGGCACAGUGUGAAGAUGACCUAGCCGAGAAGAGGAGGAGCAAUGACAUUCUGCGCAGAGCCAUCGAGACCUACCAAGAGGUGGCCAGCCUGCCCGAUGUCCCCACUGACCUGGUGAAGCUGAGUUUGAAGCGGCGGUCAGAACGCCAGCAGUUUCUAGGUCACAUGAGAGGUUCCUUGCUUACCCUGCAGAGAUUAGUUCAACUUUUUCCCAUGGAUAUCUCCUUAAAGAACGACCUUGGAGUGGGCUACCUCUUGAUGGGGGACAAUGCCAGUGCCAAGAAGGUGUAUGAAGAGGUUCUGAAUCUGACACCCAACGAUGGUUUUGCUAAGGUGCAUUAUGGCUUCAUCCUGAAGGCACAAAACAAGAUCGCGGAGAGCAUCCCCUACUUAAAGGAAGGAAUAGAAUCUGGAGAACCUGGCACUGAUGAUGGGCGAUUUUAUUUCCACCUGGGGGAUGCCAUGCAGAGAGUCGGAAAUAAAGAGGCAUAUAAGUGGUACGAGCUUGGGCAUAAGAGGGGACAUUUUGCUUCUGUCUGGCAACGUUCUCUCUACAAUGUGAAUGGACUAAAAGCUCAGCCGUGGUGGACCCCCAAAGAAACGGGAUACACUGAAUUAGUAAAGUCUUUAGAAAGAAACUGGAAGUUAAUCCGUGAUGAAGGCCUUGCAGUGAUGGACACAACCAAGGGUCUUUUCCUGCCUGAAGAUGAAAAUCUGAGGGAGAAGGGUGACUGGAGCCAGUUCACACUGUGGCAGCAAGGAAGAAAAAAUGAAAAUGCCUGUAAAGGAGCUCCCAAAACCUGCUCUUUAUUAGAAAAGUUCCCAGAGACCACAGGAUGCCGGAGAGGACAGAUCAAAUAUUCCAUCAUGCACCCUGGAACCCAUGUGUGGCCACACACGGGACCCACAAACUGCAGGCUCCGAAUGCAUCUGGGCUUGGUGAUUCCCAAGGAAGGAUGCAAGAUCCGCUGUGCCAAUGAAACCAAGACAUGGGAAGAAGGCAAAGUGCUCAUUUUUGAUGACUCCUUUGAGCAUGAAGUAUGGCAGGAUGCCUCAUCUUUCCGGUUGAUAUUCAUCGUGGACGUGUGGCACCCUGAGCUGACACCCCAGCAGAAACGCAGCCUUCCUGCAAUUUAGCAGAAAUCUGUGCCUCUCAGCUUGAGAGAAGCUGCCCUUUUGGUUCUCUUUGGAUGUGGAGACAGAAGUUCAAACACCAUGGCUCUUAGUUCCCUUGUCUUCAUUCAGGAAGCUUGAAAAGUUUCAGCUGCACUUCAUUUAGACACCACCCUGCUGUGCAUCACCCAUGCUGCGAUGUCACUCUGUGACAGCUCUGAUCUGAUGCCAGUAUUUAAGUUGAACACUUGAUCGCUUCUGCCUUGCCAGCCAAAGAUACCUGUUUCCACACAGCAUAGGGUCCGAGUUAAUGUACAGCAUACAUAGAAACUGUGAAUGAAUUGCUUUAGUUUAUAAUUUUUCUAUGCAGUUAUAUUUUUCUAAGAAAGUUGAAUUAUUUUGCCAUCAAGAACCACUCACUACCUUCAUGCUGGCUUUAGGGACAAGCUGUGUAAAUACUUUACUGCUAGCUUUUGAAUGCCAACCUUCCUGACAAACUCAGACUUCUCUCUUACUUCUUUUUAGGAAAAGACCUUCAUGAGAGAGACUAUUUUAUGUUCUUAAUGCAGAAAGAAAACGUAGUGAUGCCAGUAUCUAUGAACUGUACCAGCUUUUAUGGUAUAAAAAUGCCACCUAUACAAUUUUUUUUUAGUGAAAAGUAUUAGUUUUGGGAGGGCGUAUAAAAUUUGUGGAAGUAAAAUUUGUGUCUUGGAAUUCAACAGAGCCUGUGACACAGAGCCUGGAAAUCUGCAGUGUCUUUGCCUGUGGGUAGAUUUAUGGGAGUGAUAAGAAGAGAGCCCUUUGCUCCUUGAGACCAUUUUCAUCACAAUUUUGUAAAUACGAUAAGAGCAGAGUAGAUGGUUCCCAAAUGUGCUAGGGUCUUUGUCUUGGGAGUAAAAAAGUCAAGAUUGCUUUCCUCUUUGAAAGGGUUUAAAGAGACUUCCAUCCCCCAGGCCUGAAGAACUGCUGCCAUGUAAUCACUGUUUUGAAAUAGCAAUUUAUACCCAUAUUUGCUUUUAAAUAUUACCUCUGGUGUAGAAAUAGCAGUUGAAAGUCAUCUUGCCUACCCAUUGUAAGUAUGAUGACCCAUUCAUUGAUUUAGCAAAGUCUUAAUGUAUUUGAUUUUGUAUUUUAUAAUUAAAGCUAACUUAAAGUGCUAGCUUUAAGAUUGUAAAGAUAUUCAUGCACUGAAUUUCAAGCCAAUCUGAACAACAAAGACAACAACAAAAAUGCUGCAGACAUGGCAUAUAGGUCACCAGAUUUCAUGCACAAGUAG